AUGGAUGAAAAACCGAGCGACCUCACGCACAAUUGCAGCAACACUCAUUACUACUAUAGUAUUUGCUGCUGCAAUAACUUUCCAGGUGGGAACAAUAACACAAGUGGACUUCCAAUUUUCUCCACAGAAAAAGCAUUUAUCAUUUUUGUAGUUUCGGAUGCAAUUGCUCUAUUAAUGUCCACCACUUCUCUUCUGAUAUUCUUGUCCAUCCUCACUUCGCGAUAUGCUGAAGACGAUUUUCUCUAUGUUCUUCCCCAUAGGCUGAUUAUUGGCUUUGUUACAUUGUUCCUCUCCAUAACAACCAUGAUCGUAGCCUUUAGCUCAACAAUCUGUCUUAUGUUGGGUGACAAGAACAGCUGGCUACUUGGUUUAGUGGUUACAUCAGCAUGUUUACCAAUUUCUUCUUUCAUGCUCCUACAGUUCCCCCUCCUUGUGGAUCUCAUGUCUUCAACAUAUGGACCUGGCAUUUUCGGCAAGCAAAGUAAUCAGCCUUUUUAUUAA